CACGUAUGAGGUAUCUUGCAUCUCACCUUUCAAUUAAAGAGCUUUGUUUACGUUUUCGUUUUUCCGGCAUAUCCUGCGAUUUUCCUUAAAUUUAGCUAUUUUUCCUUAAUUUAUUGCAUCUAGAGGGGAGUAAAUUGAUCUGUGAAUGAAAGGACAUUAAGUUUAUGAAAAAAAAACGUGAAAAAUAUUAAGAAAAUCGCUCAGAAUUGAUUAUUUUUACGCGAAGUUUUAAGGAUCCUGGGGAACUUCCUGGCCUCUCAAAAGAAGCCAAGAGACUCUUCUUGCAAAACAAUGUCAUCCCACACCACCCACGCUCAACCAUCAACGUCAAGAUUCAAAAAAUACGCCGACGAAUACGAUCCAAUUACCGUUGGAUCGAUUGAUGGCCAGGAUACAACUCCACACGAUAGAGCCCUCAUGAGGGCUGCAAAGAGCACCUAUAGGCCAAAUUGCAAAGUUUCCGGAAAUCCGCGGCAUACAAUCUUCGUGGCUCGUCUCUUCCGGGAGACGAAUGAGGAGAAGCUCCGGAACAAAUUUGAGCGCUUCGGGAAGAUUGUCAGCUGUCGCGUUGUGCGCGAUCUAGUCACGGGAAUGUCCAAAAAUUAUGCCUUCAUUGAAUUUCAAUCAAGGGCGGCGGCAAUUGAGGCGUACGACACAAUGAAUGGGGUCACAGUUGAUGGGGCGGAGUUGCUGGUGGACUUUGAGUGGGAACGACGAAUGCGUGGGUGGAAGCCACGGAGGCUCGGUGGGGGCUUUGGGGGGAAGAAGGAAUCCGGACAGUUGCGCUUUGGGUGCCGUGCUAGGCCAUUUCAGCGUCCCCGGAGUCAUCCUGUGGAUUACCGUGACAUCUUCCGGCAUCAAAAAACACAAAGGAAGAUUCAUUCGUGAUUAUCCUUUUGCUUUCUUUUGUAAAUUCUAAUUUACAAAGAAGAGUUAAAAAAUAAAAGGCGAAUGAUCGUUGAUAUUUGAA